UGCGUCAAAGUCAAAAAUUGUCAACAAAGCCACAUGAUUUUAUUCUGGAUUAAAUCUUUUAAAAUUAUAAUCUAAAAACUUCACAUAAAACCUUUAAUUAGGAAGAUAUUUAAAUAAUGUCUCCUGCCUCACGGGAAGAGAUGGAAAGGGUGCCUGAAAAUGGAUCCGAUUGUGGCACGAGAGACAGUAUAUCGGACUCAGAAAAUGUGGUAAAGCAGAAGAAAUUAAGAAAGAAAGGCAUUAUUUAUUUAUCUACCAUCCCUCCCUAUAUGAAUGUUGCUAAGAUUCGCGAGAUAUUUGGACAGUUUGGUGAUGUGGGAAGAAUCUAUCUUCAACCAAGUGGCAAGCCAGGGGAGAAACGUAAGCGUGUUCCUAACCAGUUCACAGAAGGUUGGGUGGAGUUUCAAAGGAAGAAAGUGGCCAAAGAGGUUGCAACAAAGUUGAACAACACAAAAAUUGGGAGCAGGAAAAAGUCCCGGUACUAUGACAUGAUAUGGAACAUCAAGUACAUUCCAAGGUUCAAGUGGAUACACUUGAGUGAGAGGUUGGCCUAUGAAAGAGCUGCCUACAAACAGAGGUUGCGUGCUGAGAUCUCUCAGGCUAAGAAGGAGGCACACUACUUGCAGACUAAUGUUGAGAAAAGCAAGAAGAUGAAAAAGAGAAAAGCUCUUGAAGAAUAAUACUAGUUUUAUGUUUUAAUAAAUAGGAUUUAAAAAA